AUGAAACAUUUCUUUUAAAAGUAAAGUUAAUUUUCACUGCACAGUCCCUAAUAAAAAAACAACCAACCUAUUGAGGCGUAUUAUAAUCUAAUUCAGGAUAAAGGAGAAAAUUCUCCAAGUUUCCAUUUUGAAAAUGCUAAAAAUAAUUUCAGAAAUUCAUCUUUAAUUGAUGAAGAAUGUUGCUAAACAGACGGUUAUUCUACGUUUUAUAAAACUGAACAAUCUAAUCAAUUCACUAAUACGAAUGAUGGUUGGUUUAAGAAAAUUCCUAAAGCAGAAAAUGCUUUGAAGUUGAAAGGUUUAGAUCAUAAAUCAAAUAAUUCUACUCCUCAUUGUAUUCGACCUAAAGCAAUUUCUUUAACUUCUUAGACAAGUAGCUUUUUAAAUAGGAUUUAAGAUCCUUAAGUUCAAAGAAAACAAUCAGUAUAAGUAUUUACAACACGAAACAGCACAUUUGGGCAUUCUUAACAAUAAAAAAUAGAACAUCCCCAGCCCACAGCCUCUGAUCAAAUAUAAAAUAAAAAAACUUAAAGGAAGAAGAAGCAAGAAAAGAUUUAUAAACAAACUGAACGGGUUUUAAAAGAGAUCGAAGUACGUAAGCACACAUUUACGACAUUUGGGUUCAAGGCUUAAGAGAAAUCGGAAGAUCCUCUUCUAUAGUACACUAUCAACAAGAUGCUUAACUCUAACAGGCCCAAAGGUUCUAUGUUUGUAACAGAUUUAUGGCCAGAAUCUAAUGUAAAAUAAUUUAUUAGUUAUUAAAAAAUGGGCUAGGGAAAAUAUAUUAUGAGAAAAAUUGCUUAAUAGGCGUUUAAGAAAGAUGAAGAGGGCGUUUACUAUUUUUUCAAAGAUAAUGCUCCUAAUGAUAAUCGCUAACAGAAGUAAAUUCAAACAGUAUUUUAAUCUAAAGACUCAAAGUACGAAAAGCUAAUUAAGAAGUUCGUUCCUUAAGAGUAGGGAGAAUACUAAUUGAAUAGUAAUGUUUAUAAGUAUGAUCCAAAUGCUUGCUCUGAAAUAGUUGAGCAAAUCUACUAAUAAAAUUAUCAAGAUAAAAAGUUAGAAAAUUAAUAUAGUCUAAGCCUAAAAAAUUAAUAGUCUCUUGGUGGAGAUGAAAAAAUCUUAGAUUAAAAUGACACCAAAAGAAAAUUAUCAUAAAAGGGAUAAUUGUCUCCCUAAAUCAAAAGAUAAUCUAUGAUAAACUAUGCAAAUAAGUUUAAAUUUUAAAAAAUAAACAAAAAAUAUCUUUUCUUCUCUAAAGAAGAAUACGAUGAAAAGCUUGCACUCAAAAAUAUGAUUAUAGACAAAAUAAAAAAUUAGAUUGAUACGGAGUCAAACAGGAUAGAUGAUCUAAGUCAAAUUAAUAAAAAAAAGUAAGACCUAGACAGCAACAACAACAACAACUAUUUGGGCAUAAAAACGAACAAAAAUAAAAUUUAAUUCUCAAAUAAAUUAAACAAUAUAUUUGAAUCUAUCCAUGAGUUUUAGGUCAAUAAAAAAAAUUUAAGUGAAAAAAAGGAAAUUGAAAAUCUAUCAAGAUAACUAAAUUAUGCAGUGUUUAAAUCAGUGGAGCAGAAUUUAUUGCACAAAGAUGAUAACGAAACUUGGGGUGAUAAACAAUAUUCUGAAUCUUCUUGA